GCAUUUAAUAACAUCACUGCCCUCGUGCUCAAUGAGUUACUUACAUUAAAUGAAGUCAUACUAUUUGACCGACGAGAAGAGGUAAAGGAAUUCUUGCUGUUUAACUAUGUAGACGAAAAGCUGAAAGCCGGAAGCUCACUUUAUGAUCUUCAGUUGCACAAACUCAGUUGUCAACUGAACGACAUUGACUUUGACUUGUAUGGCAAUGCUAUAUCUGCAUUUGUACGAUGCGGCAUCCCACUCCUAGCUAUACACUUCAACGACUACAUCACUAACCCACCAGCCCACAUUAUCAAGACUCCAAUUCGCGCCCCAAAAUGGCUUAGACUCUACAACACGACUUUAGACUCCUUAAAAUUAGAUCUAGCCACUUGCCAAGCUAAAACCGCCAUUAAUCUCAAUUAUUUCACUAGACAACUGCAUCUCCACUUCGCUACCUCCAACGAGCCCCUAACCGAAAUAGAUUUAGCCACCACCAUCCGAUGGGUCAUCUAUCGAUUUAAGAAACUAGGUGCCCUCCGAAUCAGCAAUAUUAAACUAACUCAAGAAGACCGGCACGCAAUAUCCACACAUACAUAUUGGAUCAAUGACUUUCCGAGAAUCAAAUCCAUUCAAAUCGAAGAGACUAACCCCAACAAUCCACCCAUUACCUUACUAACUUGGCCCUAUCACAAGAGUUCACUCAUCAGUCGCCCCAAUACCAACAAAGACUUCACUAUCGUCUCAGCCGCCAUACUAGCACGACUAGCCACUCAAUCCAUCCAACCAAAGAGUCUUAUCCCAGCCCAUCUCGAACCACAAGAAACCCUCCAAAUGAUCCUCAACAAGAUCCAAAGCACCAUCCCAGACACCACUCAAUCAGACACAGCACAAUCGGACACCACUCAAUCAGACACUACUCAAUCAGAUACCACUCAAUCAGAUACCACCCAAGCAGACACAGCUCAAUCAGACACAGCUCAAUCAGACACUACUCAAUCAGACAUUUCGUGCCCAAUCUGUUUCCAAAUCCUAGACAAGUCCACUCAACCAGAGCCCACUCAGUCAGAACUCAUUCUGCCCACACAACCACCUCAACUCAUCCAGCCAGACCUCACCCAACCAGAACCCACACAACCCCCAGACACAUACUUCAAUAACCUAUGCUACCUCCAAUGUGGCCACCAAGUAUGCACGAUCUGCACCUUACUACUUCAAACCCAUGAGCACUAUACAUGUCCCAUCUGCCGCGGGGUCUUUAGCACUCAGUCCAUUAAGCAACUCAUCUGUAUUCCCCUCUCUAGCUUUGUAUUUAUUGAAAGCAGCACCACCCAUCCCGACUGGCUCAAACAUCUAGCCCUAAAAGACAACUACAUCUACCUCCUCCACUCCCACCACAGUCUAUCCGACUUCUCCGAAAACCCAUCCAUCACCACUCCCCAACGCGUCCACAUUAUCCAACUCCAUCCCCACCAAUAA